AUGCCCUCUUUUCCUACUACUCCUCUAGCUCGAUCUCGAGAAGAUGGCUUGCAGCUCAGCUAUCGACUUCCCCAUCGUGUCCACGCAGCUAAAGCCUAUCCCAUUCGAGCUCGGAACGGCUCUUCGAUCAUCAUUUAUGGAUAUGAAACUGGGUUGAAAGUCAUUUGGAGAGGCGGCAGACAAUUCUCCGAAUUGAAACGGCCUGAGCCCUCGGUGCAAGAAAAAAGCUCUGGAAACAAUGGAGGAGAUUCGGUCAUGAUCAUUGACUCUGAUGAGGAAGAUGCGCCAGAAGUGUCCACAUCUCAAGAAAAGCCCAGCUAUGAUUUCAGCACCGAAGAAUCCGAAGUCAACCCUUCCUUCCCUUUUGAGGCCAUCCUACGCCAGAUCGAUAUCCCCUUGGGCAGCCGAGUGCUUGACAUUGCAGUCCCUGGUGUUCAACCCGAAGAAGCGCGCUCGCCACUUGAUCCAUUCCCACCCAUUGUGAAGAAUAUGAUUGUUGUUGCAGCUGUUUGCUCCGAUCUUUCAACGCGGGUCGUCGCGUUCCCGCUCACCCCGCCUCACCCCGAACAGACCGAUAUGGCGAGCUGGAGCGUCCAGAGUUUCACUGUUAAUGGAGGUGUGACUCACCAAGAUAUUCCACGCGGUGUAUCCCUUGCAUUUACCUGCCGGGAACUCGAGGAGGAACAUGAUCGUCGCAAAUCACGCAGCCGGGCGACACCGUCAGGGGAGUGGGAUCUUCUGGUUGCCACACACUCCGCCGAGGGAUCUGGCGCCCUCCUACUAAAUCGGAUUCCUAUUCGAGAAGACUCAUCUAACAAAGAUAUCCAACAUCGACUAAUUGAGGAAGAUAUUGUCACUCAACGACGGGCCUUGCCAUCACCAGCUCAAAAGAUUGCUUUCAAUCCUUCUUCAUACCCUUCGGCUCGUCACUCAAAUAUCUUGGUGGCUUUUCACAGUGGCUGCGUCAAGAUCUAUUCUUGCUUCUCUGCCCCGAAGCCCUCAAAGUCAUCGCGCCGCUCGUCUAGCGCGAACGAGGACUACGAAAGUAUCGACACAGAGGGUCGAUGGCUCAUCAGUCUCUACCCCGGAUUUGAGCACGGCUCUGCAGGUAUUCCCCGUCGCAAGACCAUUAUUGAUGCGAAUUGGGUUCUGGGUGGACGAGCUGUUAUGGUACUGCUCGCGGACGGCGAAUGGGGCGUUUGGGAUAUCGAAGGUGCUGGGCCUGGUACCAUGAAGGGCCCUUUGCACCGACAGUCGAGCGUACAAGGCGUAACUGGUGGUUCGCUGACCACCUACGCAGUUAGUGGUCGUAUCGUGGCACCGCUGUCCAACACACAAUCGGAUGCGGAGCAACAACGACCCAGGUUCGCGCCAAUGACGCCGUCCACCAAGCGAGUGCGCGAGGAUACGCUUCUUAAGGGCUCUAUGACCGCCGCGAGCCCUUCACUCCGCGGUGAAAUCUCCGUUUGCCAAAUUACCUCAUCGCAAGAAGGUCUCCCAGACGAAUCAAUUCUCCUUCGUCACGGUAACCACAGUGCCGCCAUCCCAAGUUUGAUUUCUCUCUGGCGCAAUGCCGUGCGGGCCAGCGGCACCUUUGACGCAUCCAACCGAUGCCGAGUGACACCAUUCCAAGACGUCAACUUGAUGGGCGAGAAUUUCCAGGCAAUCGGCCACCUCCCAGCCCCGGCACGUCUUUCCCGGGCGGCGGAGCGACAGACCUUCGACGUUCUCGUUGCUGCUGAGCAUCAGAUUAUGAUCCUUGCACCUCGACUGGUCGAGUCGGACGAGAACACCACAGCGCAGGCCGCGAAGCAGGAAGUCGUCGCGGAAUCCGAUCAGAUGAUGCUGCAACGAGGCGAGCUCGAUGUGGAGGGAAUGGGCCGACUCUUGAACGGAAUGGCGAGCGGGGCUGGGUCUCUGCGCAUGGGCAGCCCGGUCAAGCGAACCCGGAUCUUUACCUGA